UGAUCAGUACAAAUUAUUGAAAAAACUGACCUAUCGAUGAAUAAGCUCGAAUAUUUAUAAAUAAAAUAGUGAUACUUCUCGUACAAAAAAGGAUUUUGCCAUUAUAAAUAAUUUAUUAUUAAAAAUGGGUCUUAAGUUAUACUACGAUUUGUUAUCACAGCCAAGUAGAGCGCUUUAUAUAUUUUUAAAAGUGUGUAAUAUACCAUUUGAAGAAAAACUUAUAAAUAUAGGAAAAGGUAAACAUCUUAGUCCAGAGUAUAAAAAAAUUCAUCCUUUUCAAAAAGUACCUGCUGUUCAGCACAAUGGUUUUAAUAUGAUGGAAAGUGUUGCAAUUUUGAGAUACAUCUGUGAAGAGUUUAAGGUAGCUGAUCAUUGGUAUCCCAAAGACUUGAAACUUCGACUUAGAGUUGAUGAGUACCUUGAAUGGCAACAUUUUAAUACAAGACUAGAUUGUGCUUCCUAUUUUUUUGUGAAUUACUUGAAACCACUAUUAACUGGAAAACCAACGAAUCCAGAAAGUCUAUUACAACAUGAAGAGCGUAUGAUUCAAACACUUGAUAAAUUAGAAAAUGUCUGGUUAAAAGACAAAAAUUUUUUAACUGGUUCUGAGAUAAGCAUUGCUGAUAUUUUAGGGUCGUGUGAGGUGGAACAAGUUCGAAUAAUAGGAUAUAAUCCACAAGAAAAUCGACCUCGCUUAGCUGCAUGGAUGAAAAGAGUUGCAGAUGAAACAAGUCCUUAUUAUCAGGAAGCCCAUGUACUUUUAAACAAACUGGCAAAUAAGGUAAAACAAGAGUCAUUAAAAAGUAAAUUUUAAUAGUUACGAAUUUUGAAUCUAUACAUCUAUACAAAAAUUGUUUUUUGCAAAUUUUUACAAUUUUUUACAACUUUUAUAUUCUUUUUUUACAAAAUGAUAUUCUCAUUCAUAAUGUUUAAAAAAAAUCUGUGAUUUAAAAAGAAUCGACUUCGUAUUUUGAUCAAUUGAAAGAAAAGUGAUUAUUCAAGGCAUAUUUUUUUUAUUAAAUAUAUAUUAGGCACAUAUGUAAAUGUAGUAGUGCUUUAUCAUAUUGUGUGUAUGAUAUGAAGUAACAUACCAGUCUUAUUGCAUAAAAAGUUAUAUUAUAAAAUGUUGAACA